ACACACACAUACACACAGUUGAGCGUGUGCAUCCAACUAGGGUUUAAGCUGCACUUCUAAAACCCUUGUGUGCAGAAUAACCUAUAAGCUUUACCAGCGCUUCAAUUUUCUGGGCGCCAAAAGCUUCAAAGUUUGUGGAGAAAAGGAAUGGGGAUUUUCGAGCCUUUUAGAGCAAUUGGAUACAUUACAACCAAUGUUCCUUUCUCUGUGCAGAGACUUGGUACUGAAACCUUCGUCACCGUCAGUGUCGGCAAAGCUUUUCAAGUUUACAACUGCGCUAAACUCAGUUUGGUUCUCGUUGGCCCACAAUUGCCAAAGAAGAUUCGAGCUCUUGCUUCUUAUCGUGAAUAUACUUUUGCUGCCUAUGGGAGUGACAUUGCGGUUGUCAAGCGUGCUCAUCAGGUGGCAACAUGGAGUGGACAUAGUGCUAAGGUGAACCAAUUGCUUAUUUUUGGUGAACACGUCCUAAGUGUUGAUGUUGAAGGCAAUAUCUUCAUAUGGCAAUUUAAAGGUAUAGACAAAAAUCCUGCUCCAAUCGGACACAUAAAGUUAGAGGACGAAUUCUCCCCUAGCUGCAUAAUGCAUCCAGAUACUUAUUUAAAUAAGGUUGUUUUAGGAAGUCAAGAAGGUGCUUUGCAACUCUGGAAUAUAAGCACAAAGAAGAAAAUUUAUGAGUUCAAGGGAUGGGGAUCUUCUAUUACUUGUUGUGUUUCAUCUCCAGCACUAGAUGUUAUUGCUGUUGGAUGUGCGGAUGGGAAGAUUCACGUUCAUAACAUUCGCUAUGAUGAAGAGGUAGCUUCAUUUAGUCACUCUACAAGAGGCGCCGUUAAUGCCUUGUCAUUCAGCACUGAUGGGCAGCCCCUUCUUGCUUCUGGAGGUUCAUCUGGUGUUAUAAGCAUAUGGAAUCUUGAGAAGAGAAGGCUGCAGUCUGUCAUCAAGGAGGCCCAUGACUCUUCCAUAGUUUCACUUCAGUUCUUUGCUAAUGAGCCUGUCCUCAUGAGUUCAUCUGCAGAUAAUUCAAUGAAAAUGUGGAUCUUCGAUACAAGUGAUGGGGAACCUCGUUUACUACGGUUUAGAAGUGGUCAUAGUGCUCCUCCUCUAUGUAUCAAGUUCUAUGCAAAUGGGCGCCACAUCUUAUCUGCUGGUCAAGAUCGAGCCUUCCGUCUCUUUUCUGUUGUUCAAGAUCAACAAAGUAGAGAACUUUCCCAGCGACAUGUUUCUAAAAGAGCGAAGAAGCUUAAGUUGAAAAAGGAGGAGAUAAAAUAAGAUUUUGCUGAAAUUAGGGAACGUGAUUUUGUAAAUAUUGAGAUGAAUGCUCUGGAUAGAAAUGAAACCUGGGAAAUGAUGGAACUGCCACGUGGAAAGAAAACAGUGGGUUGCAAAUGGGUGUUCACCAUCAAAUUUAAAUCAAAUGGGUCCCUGGAGAGGUAUAAGGCACGUUUGGUAGCAAAAGGGUUCACUCAGACCUAUGUGAUUGACUAUCUUGAGACAUUCGCUCCAGUUGCGAAGUUGAAUUCAAUCAGGGUUCUUCUGACCAUAGUUGCCAAUUUUGAUUGGCCCCUUCAACAACUAGAUGUCAAGAAUGCAUUCUUGAACGGAACACAGCUUGAAGAAGAAGUCUACACGGAUCCUCCUCCAGGUUUUGAAGAAAGGUAUGGAACUAGAGUGUGCAAGCUAAAGAAAUCUCUCUACGGGCUCAAACAAUCUCCAAGAGCUUGGUUUGAGAGGUUUACUCAGUUUGUUAAAAAACAAGGAGAUGACUUGCCCGAAAUGAAAAAUUUUAAAAAACAGUUGGCCGCAGAGUUCGAGAUCAAAGAUUUGGGCCAAUUGAAAUAUUUUAUUGGCAUGGACGUAGCAAGAUCAAAAGAAGGCAUUAUGGUGUCACAAAGGAAGUAUGUACUAGAUCUUCUAAAAGAGACAGGUAUGAGUGGUUGUCGUCCAGCUGAAACACCUAUUGAUCCAAAUAUGAAAUUCGGAAACAAAGAAGGAAAUUCAGUUGACCAAAGUCAAUAUCAGAGACUAGUGGGAAAGUUGAUCUACUUUUCAUACAAUCGGCCUGAUAUUGCUUUUGCUAUAAGCUUAGUGAGUCAAAUUAUGCACUCUCCAAAGGAAGAGCACCAAGAAGCGGUCUACAGGAUUCUAAGAUAUUUGAAAAGUUCACCAGGGAAAGGUUUGGGGAUUGUGUUCCACCGUUCUAAUGGUAUUUUGGCUACAGUGGCAGAUGGCUUAGUUAUCCGUCUAUUUGAUGUUAUUGCACAGAGGUUGGUUCCUAAAUUUGAGGGUCAUUCUGACCGUAUUACAGACAUGUGCUUUAGUGAGGAUGGGAAAUGGCUUUGGGAUGUAAAUUUAGCUAGACAGAUAGAUGCAAUACAAGUUGAUCUGUCUAUCACUGCAUUAUCUUUAUCGCCUAAUAUGGAUAUCUUGGCCACAUCACAUGUUGAUCAAAAUGGUGUCUAUCUGUGGGUCAAUCAAUCGAUAUUCUCUAGUCAUUAACAAUCCGGUGGCCUGAAAACUCACAGAAGUCAGAAAAUAGUUAGUGUUAGGAUUCCGUCUCCUGCUUCUGAAAAAGAUGGUGAAAAAAGGGAUAACAGGACUAUCUUUAAGCCAUUGGAGUCCUCUGAUACUUCUAAGUUUCUAAAUUCAUCUCUGGACAUAAAGAAACCUGAAAAGGCACCUUUUUUCUUGCCUUCAAUUCCAUCUCUGUCCGGUGAGAUAUUAUUUAAACCAAGUGAAGGUACUAAUGAGGAGAGUGAUGCACAAAAUACCAGAUUGGAAGAGAGCAGUAAGAAAACGGAUCUUCCAGUAUCCAAAUUCUUGCAAAUUCUCAAGUCAUGUGCGGAUAAAGAGAAUUUUGCACCAUUCACUAAUCAUAUCAAAAGCUUGUCUCCUUCAAUAUUGGAUAUGGAGCUGCGAAUGCUUCAGAUAAUAGAUGACGAUGACGAGCAGGAGCCUGAGAAGAGACAAGAAUUGCAUUUUAUUGAACUGCUACUUGAUUACUUUAUACACGAGAUUUCAUGCAGAAGCAAUUUCGAAUAUGUACAGGCUCUGAUUAGAUUGUUUUUGAAGAUUCAUGGUGAAACAGUCCGACGUCAGUCAAAACUGCAGGAGAAGGCAAGAAAGCUUUUAGAAGUUCAAUCUGCAGUUUGGCAAAAAAUAGAUAAAUUGUUCCAAAAUACCAGAUGCAUGAUCACGUUUCUUAGCAACUCCCAGCUUUGAUUAAUUUCAACAUGACAUCCCUUAGCUGUUGUAAUGUAAUUGCAAUUUUGUUUUUUUUUUCUUCUGUUUCUUAUAGGUAUAUUUUAUUAAGACAAUUGCACUUUAAUCCCAUUGUUACAAGCGUAA